CGGUAAUCGAAUGCUCAGUGGCUGACGCUGCUGCCACCUCUCCCUAAAGCCGUCCGACUGUCGUGCUUGCAAAAUGAGAUAUGCCGACGAGUUCCUUGUUCGCCGGUUCCGACCAGUAAGCGAAUGCUCAAUCGUCGACGCCGCUGCACCAGAUCCUUGAAUCCAACCGACAACCUGUAACAUGAGCGUAUGCUGAAAGCAUCUUCCUAUCCAUUUGCCCAGCAGCAAUCAAAUAAUAGUCGGUCAGCGCCGCACCGACACCCUGAAACGGCCAACCGACAGUCAUGCUUUCAAGACCUGCUGAGAAGGUCCUUUGUCUGUGAUGCCGAGCGGCACCAAAACGAUCGGGUCUCGACGCCGCAUGAACAUCCCCAACACACCGCCCAGUAUUCCCUCCAGCAAGAUGAUCGUUUGUCCAUUGCCCAGCAGCGAUCAACUGGUCGAUCGUCAUUGCCCCAGCAAUAUCCUGAAAUAGCCUACCGACAUUCGUGCUUGCAAGGUGAGUGCCCGCCGGGAAGGCUGACUGCGCCCUUUGCUUGGACUGGCGAGCAAUACCCAUCAUCGUCAAUUGUCAACGCGGCUGCAACAUCCCCACGACCCCAUCAAUAUAGACCAUCCUGAAACCAUCGCCACGAAGCCAUCGCCACGCUACUAGCAGAAGGCCAUAACUAUCAACCAUCACCACCAGUACAUCCCUUCUAACUUUGACGUUGCAAGACGAGUGACGAUGAGAAGUUCUAUCGCCCCUUUUGCCGCUGCUCCCCACCACCUCGACGGAGGACCUAGCCGUCGAUGCCUCCCAACCACAACUCAUGCUACUGUCAUUGUCAAUGUCAAAGUCACAGCCACAGCCCCAUACCUAUUCACCACGACGGUGAACUCCUCCUCCUGCCAUCCUGCCACGUCGACGAAGUUGAAAUCCGAGUCACGUUCCCCCGAACGUGCAAAGCUUAUCGGAGGCCUCCCACCACCUGACAAUCCUCCGAAAGGCGUUGUGCAAGAGGAAUGUUUUGAUAAGAGAUGAUUUCGUUGAGCAAGAUUUGUGUCCUCCGGUCUGAAUCAUCCUUCAAGAAGAAAUAUGGAGUCUUUCCACAAGAGCAAAGGAACUGGGCGGCUUCUGGACAAGACAGUGAGAGAACCUUGCAGGAUUGUUCGCCAAAGUUGAGCUGGAAGGAGGCUGGAACCCGACACUGACACCACCGAGGAGAGCAUUGAUUGCACGUCCUGUUCGAUACACGCUGGACAUGGUCUGGAGACAGUUCGCAAGGCUUUCACAGUCAGCUUGGUAAGCGUGCUGCGAUUCGGGAGGGACACACCACUGCAAGAGCAUUGCUUAUCCCUGUCGCUGGACACGCUCUGGACAUCACCUGGGGACAGCUGCAGAGCUGUUUGACCAACUUAGACUGGAUGCUGACAUUGACACGCUCAAGAAGCAUGCUUGCCCGCCUCGUUGGACACUAGCUGGACAUCGGCUGCAGACAACGUGGAAGGCUGUCUGACAGAGUCAUGCUGGAAGCGGCUACAACUCGACCAGGACACUCCAUUGAGGAAGAAGUCGAGCGCUGGUUCUGUUCGACACACGCUGAUACGGCUGGAGACCACUUGCAGAUCUGUUUGACCAAGCUACACUAGGAGCAGAUGGGAGCUUGACAUCGACACACACUGAAGAAGCAUGCUAGCGAUCAAAGGCACUCACAGCUUAGACUAGGUGAAAGUACAGCCGGUUGCAAGCCUAGGCUUUACAGCCUCAAGCCCUCCAAAUGUUGGAGGACUCGGUGGUCGACGUGUCUGUCAGUGUGUGGUGGACUUUGCCGCCGUUGAUGCUCCGACAUCACUGUCGUUUGGUCGUGCGUCAUUGCUGCCGUUGCGUGGUCUCGAAUUGUUCCCAUCAUGUAUGGCUUUGGCAAGAUGCCGGUGCUCAUCGACAUUGUUCUGCUGUGUCUCUUCUUGACAAGAUGCCUAUGUGCUUUGAAAUUGUUCACGUUCAAUGUGGUUCGACGUUGCCGCCAUUGGAAUGGGCUCCGGUUUAGUGCCUGUACUGCCGGAGAGAAAGGCAUCAGCAACAUAUGGCUUUACACGAUCCGCACUUGCCAUCUCUUCACAAUCCCAAGGAAGAUGACAACAUGUGAAGCCAUUUCAAUGUUGGAGGGAGAAUUCGAUUGUUGGCCUUCUGAACUCAGCUGGAAGAAGCCUUGAGUCCCUGCUAUCCUCUGCCACUCCCGACCUACUUCAUCGAGGGCCAGCAGUCCGCAUCGAUCCUUCUGGGCCGACAUGAUGGGAAAAGCGACUCAUAGCGCACCUCGCUAUGCUCAUCCUGGGCCUUUCUUAAUGGUGACGAACCCUGAUCGUGUCUGGUCAAGCGUUUUGCUUCUCUCCCGCCUCCACUGUCCAUAUUUUGAGAGAGUCCACACUUGGCGUUGGGUUGGACAGCAGAGGCAGCACCAGCGCCGGCAACAGACCCUCAUCGCUGCUGACUCUGAAGAAGCUAUACGCAGUUUGUCAAGCAGCUUCAUCAACAAGAUGAACAGCACCGACCAGGUUCUCGCACUCCCCGCUCACUGCACUGAUACUACUUACAUUCGAACCCUUCUAUGUUCGGAAGUUACGGAAGAACGAUACUGCGACGCACUCUCUGCGUGCAGUGCCUGUCGGCUCCAGUAUUCGCCGAGCCACUGGCCCAGAUUCAACUUUCGCAUUACUGUCAACCGUAAGAGAGAUUGAUGACUGCAAAGGCUCUCCGUUGGGAGCUUGCGAGUCCAAGUGUACAUGGUAAUUACUACCUCUCAUGCUAGGGCCUAGCAUUGCCUAGGAUUUUGACAUUUGCAUCAUCUACAUCAUAACCAGUCCUUGUUACCUCGAAAGCCCCAUACGGCGAAAGAGCUCUUUCCUGAAUUCUGCAGCGCCUCCUCUCAUCCGAUCAGCGGCACCUCUAUUCUCCACGAGCCUAUCGGGUCAAGUAUUGCAUACACUCCUGAAUGCUACCCCAUGUCAGACAUUUGUACACUUUUGGAACAAAAGCCGUCUCUCGAGAUGAUUCAUCUUGCUGUUUGACAUCGUCUGCCGCUUGGAGCAAUUCGCAACCGAUGUCAUCAGCCAUUCCCUGAAGUUGUCAAAUUCGGGAACCACUUUCAAUCUUGACUGAGCUGCCAAUUCUGUCGCCAGACGAGUGGCUGUACGAAUGGUCUUGGUGUUAUGACCCGCCAACAACAGGUCAAAUUGAGCUGUCUGAGUACCGGCCAAUGCUGGAAAUUCUCCUUUGAGGGCAUCUUGGACGAUACCAUUGUACGACGCAUCUGUUUCGGCUUUCGUGUCGUGGAUUCUCUCUCGGAUAUCGUUGCUGAUAUAUGCACCUCGAACGAGCUUGAUCCCUGACCGCCAUCCUUCUUUUUGAGCAAGUUGCAGUUGGUGGUCGAUCUUAUCCCUUGAUGAUUUAAGGUACACUUGGACCGUGUUGUAUAUCAGAGCGCGUUGUUCCGGACGAUUGAAACGACGCAUGAAGUCAAAGGUCCACUGAUCUAUGGUCGCUUGCAAGAACUGUUGCUCUGCGUCGAUCCAUAUCCGGCAUCCUCUGGUGGUUGCGCGCUCACAGAUCUGUUCCAUGGCUUCAAUGAACUUUGGAGGAGCCUGGUGGCCUUGCAUCAAAGCUCCGGUGAUGUGGUUGCCGGCUCCCGUAUAUCUAUACAGUGUGAGUCGUUUCCUAGUAGCAAUGAUCAAU